GCAAACUCCCGAUCAUUGAAAAUGUCCAAGUUGAUUCAGUGUUUAUACAGAAAUAGAAGUCUUGAUCAAUCUAGACUCUACUCAGGAUCAUUAGUGAAUACCUUAUCUAACAGAUGGUCAACACCUUUUGAAAAUCGCGGUCAGAAUUUUGCUUUUAUUAGUAAAAGAAAUACGAGUGCAUUUACAUCAAAAUGCAAUCGUAUUUUAAUGCAAAGUCGACUGUCAACGUCAUCGAUGUUAACAAACUAUACGACUAUGUAUUAUGUCAAGGCAGCUACUAUUUAUGACAGCGCACACAACCAAAGUUGCAUCUUCCCUCUUCAAGUGCGUCAAAGACAAACACCACUUUUUAGCUCGUUUGUAGGUCGACUUAGUUAUACACGAAGAAGCUUUUGCAAUUCAUCAUCAUCAUCAAUAACUGGAACUUGCUGGAACUGCAAUGCUCAAAUCACUGUUGUUGAUGAUAUAUCAAUGGUUCAAUUCUUCUGUGGGAUGUGUAACGCUAUUCAACCAGUUUACCAAGAGGCUAACUACUUUCAGGUGCUGAAUUGUGAAGUGACCUUCGACCUCAACCCUGCACAGCUAACACAGACGUUCAGAAAUUUGCAGCGACAGUUGCAUCCUGACAAAUUUAGCAUCAAACCAAAGGUGGAGCAGGAAUUUUCUGCUGAGCAGUCUUCACAGGUGAAUAAGGCCUACAGCACCCUGCUAAAGCCAUUAUCCAGAGGCUUGUACCUGUUAGAGCUGAAUGGGUUGACCAUUGAGGAAGGAGACUCAGGAAUUGAACCAGAGUUCUUGAUGGAGGUGAUGGAAACCAAUGAAGAACUGGCGGAUUCCAGGGAUGAGGACACUGUGAGGAGAAUAGGAAAGGAGAAUGGUGUGAUGCUUGAAAGUCUGUUGAAGGAUCUGUCGGAGGCAUUCUCAAAGAAAGAGUACUCCACAGCCAGAGAGAUCCUGAUGAGAUUAAAAUACUUUGCCAACAUUGACGACAAAGUCAAGGAGCACCUGGAAAAACAUUCUUUGUUAACCAUUUAAAUUGCACAUUUUAUGAAAAAUAAUCUCUGUUUAGUUUGUUCUGAACUGAUUUUAUGAUUUCUUUUAAAUGAAUCCUUGUAAAACCAGUGGUGUAAGGAGGGAGGCGUGUUACCCUUAUUGAUUGUGUGACCGCUUUUAUGUGGUAUUACUCAAUGCUUAAAGGAACUGGACACCUUUGGUAAUUGUCAAAGACAGACCAGUAUUCUCACUUGGUGUAUCCCAGCA